AUGGAGCUGCUGGGAGCAGCCACUGUUGUCCUCCUGGUUUGCAUUGCUUGCCUGCUCUCCUUUGCAGCAUGGAGAGGGAGGUCUGGAAAGGGGAAGAUGCCUCCAGGACAGGCUCCCCUUCCCAUCCUAGGUAACGUGCUGCAGGUGAAACUGAAGAACUCGGCCAAAAGCCUUGAGAAGCUCAGUGAAGAGUAUGGACCAGUGUUCACAGUGCACCUGGGCUCUGACCCAGUGGUGGUGCUGCACGGACACGAUGUGGUGAAAGAAGCCUUGGUUGAUCGUGCAGAUGAGUUUGCUGCCAGAGGAUACAUGCCAAUAGGAGGGCUAACAAAUUCCUCUGCAGGGAUUGUUUUUAGCAACAAUGAGGAGUGGUUACAAGUCCGGCGGCUUGCUCUCAGCACUCUGCACAACUUUGGGAUGGGGAAGAGGAGCACUGAAGAGAGGAUCUAGGAGGAAACUGAGUACUUGCUGGAAGAGAUCAACAAAACAAAGGGAACACCUUUUGACCCAACCUUCAUGCUGAGCUGUGCUGUCUCCAAUGUCAUAUGCUCCAUCGUCUUUGGGAAACAGUAUGACUAUAAAGGCAAGAAGUUCCUGGCCCUGAUGAACAACAUGAACAUCUUUGAGAUGAUGAACUCCCACUGGGGACAGCUCUACCAGAUGUUCUCAAAGAUCCUGGAUUACUUACCUGCCUCACACAACAAAAUAUUCACAGAAUUUGAUGCUCUAAAAGCCUUUACGUCAGAGGAGGUGAAGAUGCACCAAGCCUCCCUAGAUCCCAGCUCCCCUCAGGAUUUCAUUGACUGCUUCCUCAGCAAAAUGCAGGAGGAGAAAGAGCAUCUCAGUUCCAGUUUCCACAUGAAGAACCUGAUAACCAGCACCUUCAACUUGUUUAUUGCCAGAACUGAAACAACUAGCACCACCAUAAGACAUGGGCUUCUGCUUCUUCUCAAAUACCUGAAGAUACAAGAGAAAGUUCAAGAAGAGAUGGACCAGGUAGUAGGACGAUCACGAAGACCUUGUGUGGCUGACUGGACCCAGAUGCCCUACACAGAUGCGGUGGUCCAUGAAAUCCAGCGCUUCAUCUCUCUCAUCUCCCUGGGUCUCCCUCACACUGUGACCAAAGACACCCGCUUCAGAGAGUACGUCAUUCUCAAGGGCACCACAAUCUUUCCCAUCCUCGGUUCUGUCCUCCAUGACAGUAAAGAGUUUCCAAACCCAAAUGAGUUCAACCCUGGAUAUUUCUUGAACGAGAACAGCACCUUUAGGAAGAGCGAGUUCUUCAUGCCCUUCUCAGCAGGGAAGUGAAUAUGCCCUGGAGAGGGUCUGGCACGCAUGGAGAUAUUCUUACGCACGGCCACCAUCUUGCAGAACUUUACCUUGAAGCCUGUCAUCGACCCCCAGGAACUCAGCAUAACCCCGACACUGAGUGGGACAGGCAACAUACCUCCUGCCUACCAGCUCUGUGCUCUGCCCCGCUGA